UACCGAGAUCACUGGUAUAGGCGAACUCAACAUUAUCUUUGACUGACAGUGGUACUUCGUGAAGUUCGUACUGUUUUUAGUGGAGUUGUUGGUGGAAAGUGCUUCGUGAUUUGAAGUGAUUUGUUUUAUUAACAAUACAGGAUGUAUGAUGACGAAGAUCAGUAUGAAGACGAUGGCGAGGAAAUCUCCUCAGAACUGUGGCAGGAGGCCUGCUGGAUUGUUAUCAACGCGUAUUUUGAUGAAAAGGGUCUUGUACGACAGCAGUUGGACUCAUUCGACGAAUUUAUCCAGAUGUCUGUUCAACGUAUCGUAGAGGAUUCACCACAAAUAGAGUUGCAGGCAGAAGCUCAGCAUACAUCAGGAGAAAUUGAGAAUCCUCCAAGGUAUUUGCUGAAGUUCGAGCAAAUAUAUUUGUCAAAACCAACACACUGGGAGAAAGAUGGUGCCCCUUCACCAAUGAUGCCCAAUGAAGCAAGGCUACGUAACUUGACAUAUUCUGCUCCACUUUACGUUGAUAUAUUGAAGAGGGUUGAAAAACAUAAAGAAGAACCUGUUGAGACACUGCAUCAGAAAACAUUCAUUGGAAAAAUUCCUAUAAUGCUUCGUUCAACUUAUUGUUUGCUGAGCACUCUCACGGAUCGUGACUUGACUGAGUUGAAUGAAUGUCCUCUUGAUCCUGGCGGAUACUUCAUUAUAAACGGAUCAGAGAAGGUUCUGAUAGCUCAGGAGAAAAUGGCAACAAAUACAGUGUAUGUGUUCAGCAUGAAAGAUGGAAAAUAUGCGUACAAGGCAGAAAUUCGUUCCUGCCUAGAACAUUCGUCGCGUCCUACUUCAACCCUCUGGGUCAACAUGAUGGCUCGGGGUGGACAGAGCAUUAAGAAGUCAGCAAUUGGACAGCGCAUUGUUGCUAUAUUGCCAUAUAUCAAACAAGAAAUUCCCAUCAUUAUUGCAUUUCGUGCACUGGGGUUUGUUGCUGACAGAGAUAUCCUUGAACACAUUAUAUAUGAUUUUGAUGAUCCUGAAAUGAUGGAAAUGGUAAAGCCAUCUCUGGAUGAGGCAUUUGUGGUUCAGGAACAAAAUGUUGCCUUGAAUUUCAUUGGUACAAGAGGAGCGCGACCUGGUGUCACUAAAGAGAGGCGUAUAAAAUACGCACGAGAAAUUUUGCAGAAAGAAAUGUUGCCACAUGUAGGUGUGUCAGAUUUUUGUGAAACAAAGAAAGCAUAUUUCUUGGGCUACAUGGUGCAUAGGCUGCUUCUAGCGGCUCUCGGUAGACGUGAGUUGGAUGAUCGUGAUCACUACGGUAACAAGAGGCUAGACCUCGCAGGACCUUUGCUGGCCUUCCUGUUUAGAGGGCUUUUCAAAAAUCUGAUGAAAGAGGUGCGCAUGUAUGCCCAAAAGUUUAUAGAUCGUGGAAAAGACUUCAACUUGGAACUGGCUAUCAAGACAAAAAUAAUCACAGACGGUCUGCGGUACUCUUUGGCUACUGGCAAUUGGGGUGAUCAGAAAAAGGCUCAUCAGGCCAGGGCUGGAGUCUCGCAGGUGCUGAAUAGGCUUACAUUUGCGUCAACACUGUCCCAUCUUCGUCGAGUGAACUCACCUAUAGGACGAGAUGGCAAACUGGCAAAACCCCGUCAGCUGCACAAUACUUUAUGGGGGAUGAUUUGUCCAGCAGAGACACCAGAAGGUGCUGCUGUAGGUCUGGUAAAAAAUCUGGCGCUGAUGGCCUACAUAUCUGUAGGAUCUCAGCCGUCUCCAAUAUUGGAGUUCUUGGAAGAAUGGAGCAUGGAAAAUUUAGAAGAGAUUGCCCCCUCUGCAAUUGCUGAUGCCACAAAGAUUUUUGUCAAUGGCUGUUGGGUUGGCAUUCAUCGUGACCCUGAACAGUUAAUGGCAACACUGAGGAAACUACGACGGCAGAUGGAUAUCAUUGUGAGUGAAGUGUCUAUGAUCCGUGAUAUCCGUGACCGAGAAAUACGAAUUUACACUGAUGCAGGGCGAAUCUGUAGACCUCUGCUCAUUGUCGAAAAUGGUAGUUUACUCCUAAAGAAGAGACACAUUGAUAGAUUAAAAGAGCGGGACUAUGACAACUAUGGGUGGCAGAUGCUUGUUGCUGAGGGUGUGGUUGAAUACAUUGAUACACUUGAAGAAGAAACUGUUAUGAUUGCAAUGUCACUAGAUGACUUGCGUCAUGACAAAUCGUAUGCCUACUGUUCAACACACACGCAUUGUGAAAUCCAUCCGGCAAUGAUUCUUGGUGUAUGUGCUUCCAUCAUCCCAUUCCCUGACCACAACCAGAGCCCUAGGAACACGUACCAGAGUGCUAUGGGUAAACAAGCUAUGGGUGUUUAUAUUACAAAUUUCCACGUAAGAAUGGACACCCUGGCUCAUGUGUUGUAUUAUCCUCAUAAGCCACUGGUUACAACACGUUCUAUGGAAUAUCUAAGAUUCAGAGAACUUCCAGCUGGUAUUAAUUCAGUUGUAGCCAUCUUGUGCUACACAGGUUACAACCAAGAAGACAGUGUCAUCAUGAAUGCUUCAGCUGUGGAGCGUGGUUUCUUCAGGUCAGUUUUCUUCCGAUCUUACAAGGAUGCUGAAUCCAAGCGGAUUGGUGAUCAAGAGGAACAAUUUGAAAAACCAACAAGGCAGACCUGUCAGGGUAUGCGUAAUGCCUUAUAUGACAAACUUGAUGACGACGGGAUUAUAUCACCUGGUAUUCGUGUAUCUGGGGAUGAUGUUGUAAUUGGAAAGACAAUUACACUACCAGACAAUGAAGACGAGUUGGAGGGAACAACAAAAAGAUACACAAAAAGAGAUGCAAGCACAUUCCUUCGAAACAGUGAGACAGGUAUUGUGGAUCAAGUGAUGUUGACUCUAAAUUCUGAGGGUUACAAGUUCUGCAAAAUACGUGUCCGAUCAGUACGCAUACCUCAGAUUGGUGACAAAUUUGCCUCUCGUCAUGGUCAGAAGGGAACCUGUGGUAUACAAUAUCGGCAAGAGGACAUGCCAUUCACAUGUGAAGGUAUCACACCAGACAUCAUCAUUAACCCACACGCCAUUCCAUCUCGAAUGACGAUUGGUCACUUGAUUGAGUGCUUGCAAGGGAAGGUCUCCUCGAACAAGGGUGAAAUUGGUGAUGCAACCCCUUUCAAUGAUGCUGUAAAUGUGCAGAAAAUUUCCUCACUUCUGCAAGAGUACGGAUAUCAGUUACGUGGAAAUGAGGUUAUGUACAACGGUCACACGGGGCGUAAAAUUAAUGCCCAGGUUUUCUUAGGACCCACAUACUAUCAGCGCUUAAAGCAUAUGGUGGACGACAAAAUUCACAGCAGAGCACGUGGUCCAGUGCAGAUAUUGGUGCGUCAACCUAUGGAGGGCAGAGCCAGGGAUGGAGGCUUGCGAUUUGGAGAGAUGGAGCGAGAUUGUCAAAUUGCUCACGGGGCAGCACAAUUUUUGAGGGAGAGGUUAUUUGAAGUUUCCGAUCCUUACCGGAUACAUGUGUGCAACUUCUGUGGGCUUAUAGCAAUUGCCAACUUAAGAAAUAACACAUUUGAAUGCAAAGGCUGCAAGAACAAGACUCAGAUAUCACAGGUGAGGCUACCAUACGCAGCCAAACUGUUGUUCCAGGAACUUAUGGCUAUGAACAUCGCUCCACGUUUGAUGGUUAUUUAAAUAUUCAACCAGACAUUAUCAGAUGUUAUGAGUACUGUGUACUCCGCAAAUGCAAAUGGAAAUAAAUUCUUAAGUCUGCAAGAUGGAGAUUUGUAAAUUGGCUUUCCAGUAGAAAGUGAACUAUUUCUAUUUUGACAGUGGAUAGUGAAAAUGUGUAUUUUACACCUAUGAUUUGUGGUGAUGUGUUGCUUGUUUACAUAUAUCCUGAGGAUAUUGUACAAUUUUAUUAUGUAACUGUUUAUAGU